CCCUUCCGCUAUAAAACUAUCCUACACAAUGUCUGAACACAACAAAGAUAUCCGUCCUCUUCAACGCUUUGUCACUACUCAUAACGACAAUGGCCAAGCCAUCUUUUCCAAUCGUCUUUCUGAAGAUAUGCCCGUUCAAAAUGUCGACCAGGUUACCUUCGGUCUUGCCUAUACUUCGGAGCAAUUCCCUUCCCAGUUGUCGGCCGAUGCAGAUAUUGACAGCUAUGAACGCCGUCUCGCCUCCCCACCAGGGUUGAGCAUCUCCACGGGUACCGUUUGCCGUAUUGUGGAUAUGCCACCCAACACAAUCAGUCCAAUGCAUCGGACAGUCUCGCUAGACUAUGGCGUCGUCCUAGAAGGGGAGGUCGAGCUUCUACUCGACAGUGGUGAGAAGCGACUAUUAAAGAGAGGAGAUGUUGCCGUGCAACGGGCUACGAACCAUGCCUGGCGGAACGUUACUCCCAACCAGGGCUGGUCUCGUAUCGAUCUCCUACGUCGGCAUGCCCGAGGACACUUCGCCGGUCAAAGAGACACCAGACUCUCCACCGCCUUAACCAUGCGAGGGCGGGUGUCACGAGCCUGCAAGAAUUGUGCUCUGUCCAAGCUGAAGUGCGAUGACCAAAAGCCCUGUCGUCGAUGUGUCAAGCGAAACCUCGAGUGUCAUUGGCCUCAGGAUGAGAGAACACCUGAUGCUGCAGACCCACAGGACCGAUCCAUGGCGGAGUCUUCUGACUCAGGUGAGCAGGUUGAUGAUACCGCCAUCCCUCACUCACAGGAAGAACCAGCUCCACAGGAUUUCUCAGUGGGUCUUAUGGACGAUUUUUACUCUGCUGCUGAAGAAGUGAUUGAUCAGGCGUUCCUGGAGAAUAACAGGUUACCUUUAAUGAGCCCCAACGAGUACGAUUACUUUGGCGGGAAUAUCAGCCCCGAGCUGGGGUUAACCGAGGCCGACUUGGAGUUUCUAGCAUCUCUCAAUAAUCACGACCUAGCUCAUGAACGACCAAACACCACAACUCAAUACUCAACUCAGCGCAGUGUCCCCGAAGCUUUGGGGUUGAUGGACAAGGAGGCAUAUCACAACUCCCCUCUGUCCAAUUGGACUCCUCGCAGCGAAGACAACGCAUACAUGGAUCAGCAGUAUCUAUCCGUGCCAAAACAUCUCGAUCGGUCGAUAUCAUCCGGUAAUGCCGAGGCGAGGGUGUUCUCUGAGUGUCUAUCAAAGGAAGGUCGCGAUAAAGCGUUUUCCAUAUUCGUUCAGUACGAAAAUGAUAAUAGCAACACACGCAAUUUGCGUCAGGGACAGGCAUAUGCUCUGACCUUACAGAUUGGGCUGUGGAGUGGUGAUAAACGACGCGUCGAAAUCGCAGAGAGCUUUGCACAACCCAUUCUGACGAUGCUGCGCCGAGCUUCCCAUUUCCGAAGCGAAGGGUACCCCAUCAUUACACCCACGGUGGUAGAUGAUGAAGAAACGCUGAAUCAGAAAUGGCAUCACUGGGUCGAGUCAGAAUCCUACAAACGAGUCGUGUACCAUCUCUUUAUCCAUGACGUGCAGUCGUCCUUUCGGCUGUCCACGCACGCACUGCUCUCAUACGGUGAUCUAGAGCUACCCUUCCCUUGUUCCCGCAAGCUGUGGAACGCAAAAUCAGCUUCCGAGUGGGGAUACAUAUACCUGCAGGAGUUUCCUCAUGCCCCGGAGGCCUUCCCAUCCCUUGCAGGUGUCCUGCGAGACCCAUCGACACUCGGUCUAUUACCCCGUCAGAUUGACUUCCCCUUAGCAGCGUUUAUCUCAGUGCACGGGAUGUCGCUCAUGGUAGCCGACUGCAAUCGUACGCGCCAUAGCCUACACCGUCCAUGGACCGGUCUACUCUUUCAGUCAUGGCAGCGCGAAUUGGAACAAGAGCUAGAUCAGUUUAACAUCGCGAUCGUAGAGCCAUUGCAUGAAUCUGUCCCUGCCGUGUCCCUAAUUCAUCAAGCUGCCUGUCUCUCUUUGUACCUACCGCUUGGUAUACUCGAGAGAUAUGCAGGAAAGGAAGGUGAGAAACGGUCUGCCGAUGUGUACGAGCUCUUUAUCCAACACAUCAAUCCGAGUCAUUUACGGCAAGCCGCAUGGCAUGCAGGUCAGAUACUACGCAUCGCUAAAUAUAUACCCCCGGGUCUGCUGACUGGGUUCUGCGCCACGUGUUUAUACUUCGCCGCGCUUGCUCUUUGGACAUACAGCACGGUGACGGCGCCGGAGGGGUCUUCGGGUCGAGACCUUCGGGCUGAAUUGGCGGUUCAACACGGUACUUUUUUCUUAGAUGGAGAAGGCAGCCCCAGUGGUGCAGUGCGUCGUUUUGUCAUUUCCGGUCAAGGAAUCCCUGCCCUGUCAUCUGGGAAUGGUCCCGCUUACCUCGAGAAUCAAGCCGCCGUGAUGCGCUUGUUCCAGCAGGUAUUACGAUCGAAAUAUCCGAGUCAAGCUAUCCCUCAACAAGCCCAGACUCUGUAUCAUGCCUUUUCAGCUCUUGGAAGCAUACGGAGAGCAAAGGAACAUGAAAUCCCGAACAAGAAGCUGCCUCCAGAUUAGGUAUCGGCAGUGCCUCCGUUCUGGCGCAGAAUUUCUCAUUUGAUCUUAUGCUUUGCUUCCUGUUAUGCUUCUCCCUGGUGGAGAAAUCUGUACUAGCUAUGUCAUUUAUUUGUAU